UUUCAUGCCUCUUUCCCUGAAGCUUUCUUGCAUUUUCCCGACUUUCAAUCUUAGCCGUCCAGCGGAUCAUGUAGCCAGCACGCACAGAAAGCGACUCCUGACUUCGGGUAGUUCAAUAAUAUAUUCAUCUGCUGCCAAGGUAGAAAAAAAUAAUUAAUUAUGAGAUAACUUCUUCUGCUCAAGUCGGAUCGGAAGGCAGUAUCAAUCUGUAGUUGGUCUGAUCUGAACCAGUAUCAAUUAAUGGAUGAGAGGAAAGCCUAUAAAGCCUCCUCUUCAUCCUCACUAUCCUCCUCAUCAAAACGUUGGGAGUACCACAUAUUCUUGAGCUUCAGAGGUGAAGACACGCGCAAUGGCUUCACGUCCCACCUUCACAAGGCAUUAGAAAGCAGGGGAUACGAUGUUUUUAUGGACGAGGACGAUCUACAAGUAGGGCAAGUUAUAAAACCAGAACUGUUGCAGGCAAUCGAAAAGUCCAAGAUCUCUGUAAUUGUCUUCUCAACGAGGUAUGCAGAUUCCAGUUGGUGUCUUGAUGAGCUGGUGAAGAUCAUGGAGUGUAGAAGAACACUGAAUCAAAUCGUUUUGCCAAUAUUCUACAAGGUGGAUCCUUCAGACGUCAGGAAACAGACUGGUACUUUGGCAUCUGAUUUUCAGAAACAUACCAUCCGACAUAAAGAUGAGGUGGUAAAGGAGUGGAGAAAGGCUCUUACUGAAGCAGCGGAUUUGUGUGCCGGGGUUCUCGAAGACAGGAAUGAAGCAAAGUUUAUCGAGGCAUUUAUUGAGAAUAAUAUUGUCGGACGGCUUUCCACAACUCCCCUACCAGUAGCCGCUUACCCGGUUGGAGUCGACUCUCGUGUACAUGAUAUGAUCAGUUAUCUUUUAGGUGGUGGAUCACAAGAUGUUGUCGUGAUUGGAAUUUGGGGGAUGGGCGGACUGGGCAAAACAACAGCUGCGAAGGCUAUUUAUAAUCGAAUUAAGGAUAAAUUCGAAGCUCAUGGUUUCCUUGGAGACAUUAGGGACACUGCAAAUAGACAUGGUCUUAUUUAUUUGCAAAAACUACUUCUUGCUGAAAUCAACAAGAAACCGACCAAAUUUCACAUAAGUUGUGUUGAUGGAGGGAUGGGUAUGAUAAAAGAAGAACUUGGACGUAAAAGGGUACUUGUAAUUAUCGACGAUGUAGAUGAAAAGGAGCAACUCGAAGCGAUAGUUGGAAAUGGUGAUUGGUUUGGCUCUGGAAGUAGAAUUAUAAUAACUACUAGAGAUAAACAUUUUCUAGACGUACUUCAUGUGAAUAAAACUUUCACGGUUCCAGAAAUGAAUCCAGAUGAAGGUCUUGAGCUCUUUUGUCGGCAUGCCUUUCAAAAAGGUUGUCCUAAUAAACGAUAUCUUGAACUCUCGAAAAAGGUAGUUUUUUAUAGUGGAGGUUUGCCACUGGCACUUAAAGUUUUAGGCUCUUUCUUGGUUGAAAGAACCAUAGCAGAGUGGGAAAGCCAAUUGGAGGAAUUGGAAGGAAUCCCUCCUAAAGAUAUUCUAAAAAAACUGAGAAUAAGCUAUGACAGUCUAGAUCAUAUCGAGAAGUGUAUAUUCCUUGAUAUAUCUUGUUUCUUCAUUGGAAUAAACAAAGACCAGGUCAGAAAAAUAUUAGAUGGAUGUGGCUUUAAAGCAGAAAUAAAAAUCAGUGUCCUCCUUCAGAAGUGCCUUGUAACUGUUAAUGAAGAGAACCAGCUAACGAUGCAUGAUCUACUUCGAGACAUGGGCAGAGCAAUCUCUCAAGAAGGUGACCCAGAAGACCGGAGUAGAUUGUGGCUCAGCCCUGAAGAUUUGACAGAUGUAUUGGAAGACAAAUCUGGAACUAAAGUUGAAAGACUUGCUCUAAAUCUGCGAAGCUCGGAAAAGGCUAGUUUCGGUACUGAAGCAUUUAGCAAAAUGAGAAAACUGAAAUUGCUCCAGCUCAACUAUGCAGAGCUCACGGGAGAGUACAAAUUUCUUUCCAAAAAUUUAAGAUGGUUGUGCUGGCAUGGAUUCCUUCUAGAUUCGAUACCAGGCGACUUUGAUCUAAGAAGCCUAGUUGCUAUGGACCUGCAGUUUAGCAAACUCAAAAUAGUUUGGAAGGAUUGCAAGUUGCUUGAGAAGUUGACAAUCAUUAAUCUGAGUCAUUCUCAUGAUCUAACAACAUCACCAGACUUUUCAAAAGUCCCAAAUCUCGAGGAGUUGAUAUUGGAAUGUACGAGUUUGUCUGAUGUCCAUGAAUCUAUUGGUGAUCUCAAAAGACUUGCUUUGGUAAAUCUUGAACACUGCAAAAUGCUUAAAGAUCUCCCACUGAAUUUAUAUAGAUCCAAGUCUAUUGAAACUCUUCUACUUAAUGGUUGUUCAAGCUUUGAAAACUUGGCUGAGGGCUUAGGGGACAUGGUAUCAUUGAGAACUCUGGAAGCAGACGAUACAGCUGUGACAAAAAUACCAUCUUCCAUAGUAAAAUUGAAGAACCUGAGAUCUUUAUCUCUAUGUGGUUUGGAACGGUUAACUGGCUUUUUGCCCCAUUCUUACCUGAGAUCAACUGGUUUUUUGCCCCCUUUGUUAGAUGGCUUAAACUCUUUAAGAAAAUUAGCUCUUGCAAACUGCAGUUUAACUGAUGAUGAACUCCCUAAGGAUCUCGGGAGCCUAAGUUCGUUAGAACAUUUAGAUUGUGGACAAAAUUCUUUUUGUAGACUGCCAAGCCUAAGUGGUCUUUCAAAGCUGGAAUAUUUAUGUUUAAAUGACUGCAGAAAACUUCGUGAAAUCCCAGAAUUACCGACAAAUCUGAAAGUUCUGAGAGGGUUUGGCUGCACAGCAUUGGAAACAAUGCCAGAUUUUUCAGAAAUGUCAAGUAUAAGAGAACUGUAUUUAUCUGAUUCGUCCAAACUCACUGAGAUUCCUGGCCUGGAUAAGUCAUUAAACUCCGUGACAAGGAUUCAUAUGGAAGGCUGCACCAAUCUCACCACCAAUUUCAGAAAUAAAAUCCUACAGGGAUGGACUUCUUGCGGAUUUGGAGGCAUUUAUCUUGAAGGAUUAUAUGGUAUUCCUAAGUGGUUCUUCUUGGUCGGUAAUGAGUACAAUGAAGUGGAUUUUGAAGUGCCCCAAAUUUUCAGUUGGGAUUUAAAAGGGUUAACGUUGUGUUGCGUUUACUCUUCAGACAACCCAAAACCAAAAGAUGGUCUUGGCAUUAUGGUUAGAAAUGUAACGCAGGGAACUACUUUGCACACCUGGCCAGCAAUUGCCUCGGUAAAAACAGACAGUAAACCUGAAGAUGAUUAUCUUUGGCAGGGACAACUAUCGAACGAUAUGCUCAGUUUGCAAGUUGGGGAUAAAGUCUUGCUUUCUGUAUUUGCUACAGUUGAUUUUGUGAUAGUGAAGAAAGCAGCGGUCAAUCUAGAAUGGGACAAAGUUAUGAAGGAAAAUAUGCAUGAUUCGGAUCCUCAUCUAUAUGAUUUGUCGAGAGCUCCAGAUGAGGCAGGACCAAGCCAAGUCGAACCAUUGAGAGAAUUAGUUCUCGCAAGCUGCAAUUUUGAUAUUGAUUUAUCUAAAAAAAUUGAAAAAGCAGGUUCUACAGAUGUUGGCAUGAUUGGUAUUUGGGGGAUGGGCGGCAUUGGAAAAACAGCGCUUGCCAAAACCAUUUAUAACGAAUUUGAACGUAUCUUUGAAGGUAGGAGUUUCCUUGCAAACGCGAGGGAAGUAAUUGCACACCAACCCACUGCUGGUCUAGUUGGUUUGCUAGAACAACUUCUAAAUGAUAUCUUGAAAAGCAAGGACCCCAUAAAGGUUGAUUCUGUUGAGGUAGGGAUCGAUAUGAUAAGAGCAAGACUUCGCCGUAAAAGAGCACUAGUCAUAAUUGACGAUGCAGAUGAUCUACAGCAACUAAAAGCAAUAGCUGGAGCUCGUGAUUGGUUUGGUCCUGGAAGUAGAAUUGUUAUAACAACAAGAAAUAAACAUUUGCUAGAGCAAGUUGGAGUCGAUAGCAUGUAUAUGGCUGAAGAAAUGGAUGAAAAAGAAGCUCUAGAGCUUUGGCAUGCCUUCGAAAGUGGUUAUCCUAAUCAAGAAUAUCUUGACCUCUCAAAACGUGUAAUUCGUUACUGUCAAGGUUUGCCACUAGCACUUAAAGUUUUUGGGUCUUUUCUGAAGAAAAGAACCACAGCAGAGUGGGAAAGCCAUUUGGAGAAAUUGGAAAGAAGUCCUCCUGAUGGAGAUAUUCAAAAAAUAUUCAGAAUAAGCUUUGACAGCCUACCUGAUGAUACAACGAGAGAGAUAUUCCUUGAUAUAUCUUGUUUCUUUAUAGGAAUGGACAAGGACUAUGUAACACAAAUAUUGGAUGGAUGUGGCUUUUAUGCAACGAUACGAAUCAGGGUUCUCAUCGAACGGUGCCUUGUAACUGUUAGUGAGCAAAACGAGCUAAUGAUGCAUGAUUUGCUUCGAGACAUGGGAAGAGAGAUCGUUCGUAAAAAUGCCCACGGUCACCCUGAAAAAUUUAGCAGAUUGUGGAAACGUGAAGACGUAACAGAUGUAUUGAGCGAUGAAUUUGGAACUAAAAAAAUUGCAGGGGUUGCUCUACAUUUGGAUAAGAAAUGGCAUGGGCAUUGGCAUUCGUUUCGAGAUUUGACUAGAUUCAGUGCACAAGCAUUUGCCAACAUGAAAAAACUGAGGUUACUCCACCUCAGCGGAGUAGAGCUCACUGGAGAGUACAAAGAUUUUCCCAAAGAGUUAAUAUGGUUGUGCUGGAAAUAUUUUCCUUUAGAGUCCAUACCAGAUGACUUUCCUACGCAACCAAAACUAGUUGCUUUAGACCUGCAGUAUAGCAACCUCAAAAUAGUUUGGAAGGAUUGCAAGUUGCAUCAUAAUUUGAAAAUCCUUAAUCUCAGUGGUUCCCGUCAGCUAACAAAAUCACCAGACUUUUCAAAAUUCCCAAAUCUCGAGAAGUUGAUAUUGAAAGGUUGUGGCAACUUAUUUAAGGUUCACUCAUCUAUUGGGGAUCUUGGAAGACUUUCUUUGGUAAAUCUUGAAGACUGCAAAAUGCUAAGGGAUCUCCCACUGAAUUUCUAUAAAUCCAAGUCUAUUGAAACUCUUAUACUGAAUGGUUGUUCAAGAUUUCAUAACUUGGCUGAUGGCUUAGGGGACAUGGUAUCAUUGACAAUUUUGAAAGCAGAUAACACGCGCAUCAGACAAAUUCCAUCUUCCAUAGUAAAAUUGAAGAAGUUGAGAAUUUUAUCUCUAUCUGGCUGCAGUUUAACUGAGUAUGUAAUCCCUGAGGAUCUAUGUAGCCUAAUUUCCUUAGAAGAUCUGCUUCUUGCAAACAAUUACUUUCGUAGCCUACCAAGUCUCGCUGGUCUUUCAAAGCUCAAGGUCUUGUGUUUAAAUGCAUGCAGACAACUUCUUGCAAUCCCAGAUUUACCGAAGAAUUUGUGUGUUCUGAAAGCAAAUGGCUGCCGAGAAUUGGAAACAAUUCCAGAUUUUUCAGAAAUGUCGAAUAUGAGAGAAUUGUAUCUCUGUGAUUCGUUCAAACUCACUGAGGUUCCAGGCUUGGAUAAGUCAUUAAACUCCAUGACAAGGAUUCAUAUGGAAGGCUGCACCAAUCUGACUGCCGAUUUUAGGAACAACAUCCUCCAGGGAUGGACGUCUUCCGGAUUUGGUGGAAUCUAUAUAUAUAAAGCAAAAGGCAGAGAAUGGUGAAACAUUCAAAAUACCAGAAAAUGUCAUUGGUUAAU